UUCUGCCGACGUUUUGUCAAGUGCUGUGAUAAAUAUUUGUCAAAUAUAGACAGGGGGUAACGUAGAAGAUAGCUGCCGCCGGUCGGUUAAAUAUAGGGUUGGUUGGUUGGUUGGUUGGUUGGUUGGUCGGGGUGACGACAAACUCGACCCCAAAGCCCCGCAGAGCACGGACGGAGGAAAUCAAGAUGACCCCGCCGACACUGACGAAAUGAAGAACUCCCAAACAAGCUCAGCCGUGCUUGGCGACCUCUUCACUAGUCAGUGCUAAGUGGAGGACGACGACGAUCCCCUGAAUGAAACAGAGGACGUCGACGUAACCGUCAUCUACGACCCAGACCAUGGUGAAUGUGAUCCAAGUGAACCUUCACCACUCUAAAGCAGCUUCGGCUGCAUUACUCCUCCGCCUUGGAGAUCAAGGCGAGGAUUUAGUAUUGAUCCAAGAGCCGUGGACCCAUAACGGCAAUAUCCUUGGACUCAAUGCAACAGGCUACAAACUUUUGUAUGCAAAAAGCACAGUGAUGAAGAUACAGUAACUGCAGCAUGGGAGACAGAGGAAUCCACUCUGUGGAUCCUCUCCUGCUAUAUGGCUCACGAUCAGAAUGACCCUCCUCCCAGCAAUACGGUCACCCGGGCAAUUCGUGCAGCAAACUCAACCCGCACUCCUGUCAUCUUGGGCGCAGACGCAAAUGCCCACCACACGAUCUGGGGUAGCAGCAACAUCAACACACGUGGUAUCACAAAGGGACCAAAAGGACCCACGUGUGCAUCUAUUGCAGCCUGAACAACCAACCAACCAAAUAUAGGGUUUCGUUCACGAAAAAAAUGAUCAGCUGAUUAUUUUUUUCUUCACUUGACUGGUACGCACUGAUGUCAGAGUUUGUUAUUAUUUACAUUUUUAUAUUUAAAAAUUUCCGUUAAGAUAGAGAAAAACUUCGUUAGUAAUUUUUAUGUAAAAAUCUGAAAACACUAUGUUAAAAAGACAUGGCAACUAUAAAGCUACCGACUAUUUUUUGAGUAAUCAUUGUAAUAUAGUUAUGAGUUACCCAAGUACAAGAAGAAGAGAUACAUGGCAAAUGGUAUCGUUAAGAGUAUUAAUCUGGUUGCCGAAAAAUCACGAAGGAAUAAAUUAAUUGAUUGGAAGCUAUACUGAAGAUUUUUAAAAUUCCCUUUUUUGUAAUAAAGUGAAUUGAUUUGAACUUGAGCGCUUCCCUUCUUUUAUUUCAACAUUUUUUAAAAAUCUUCAUUUUUCUUACUGCAAAAGGAGACAAUUCUGAAUAAAAAGAAAGAGUUGCUGAAACAAAUGGAGAAUGGUAGCGACGACGAGGCUGAGGGUUGGCACAAUGAACAGAAUAAAAAUGUAGGUCCCGAUGCUGAAAGUACAAAAGCUACGGAAUUUGAAAACCAAUACCCGGAGCUAGGUAAUAAUGCAGGUUUAACCCAAAUGAGGAGUAUAAUCAACACCAUGGCGUGUAGGCUAAGUGAGUUAGAGCUGAAAGGUAAUGUAUCUCAGGAACCGUGUUCUAUUUCUCAGUGGUUGCCUGGAGUCGUUCCUGAGGUAUCUACGAAAAUACACCACAACCCCAUAUCUACCAAACUUACACGUGAACAGAUUGCCUCUAGACAAAGUUUUGCAAGAGACUUGGCAAAAUUUAAUGGUAACCCAGAGGACUGGCCUCUAUUUUUUGCAACGUACCAACAAACAACAGAGAUAUGUGGAUUUAGUGAUAGCGAGAAUUUGUUACGUCUUAGAAAUUCUUUGGAAGGUGAUGCAUUAAAAGCUGUACGGAAUUUGCUAUUUCAUGCUUCCUGCGUACCGCAAAUUAUAGAGACCCUAAGAAUUAAAUUUGGCAGGCCAGAAAUAGUCCUUAACAUUCUUCUGAAACGUGUAAGAGAGUUGUCGCCUAUUAAAGAAAAUAAAUUAGAGUCCCUGGUUGAUUUCGCUUUAGAGGUUCAAAAUGUAAUCGCCACAAUGAAAUCAGCUAAUUUGAAGGACUAUUUAAACAAUCCGGAAAUUGAACAAUAACUGGUUCUUAAACUUCCCGGAAUUAUUGCAGCCUUUUGGGGAAUGCAUAAGCUCUCUCUAUCU